AUGAAGGGACUAGCUGUGGAUUUCUCUCUUGCUCCUCUUCUUCUCUUGGUGGAUCUGGUCCUGGGUCUCGCUGCGCACCCCUUUACCGGGAUGCACCCUGACGCACUGCUCCGUGGGAUGGGCUCCGGCUCCAGAAGCACAGUUGACAGGCAUCACUCCAGCAGACUGCCCCUCUACAUGAUGCAGCUCUACCGGACCAUGCUGAACGAGGACCGGGAUAGUACUCCGGCUGCCAGCGUGAGCCACAUGAGGACGGAGGACUACCCCGGUCUGCACGAAUCCGACUCUGUGGUCAGCCUCGUCGCUAAGAGCUGUCAGCAGAUUGGCAAGAGGUGGUCCGUCACCUUUGACAUGUCCUCCAUGUCUGCAAGCGACAACAUCCAACUGGCUGAACUUCGCAUCCGCCUGCCCGCCUUCACCGAUUCUCCCACUGCCUCACUGGAUAUCUACCACUCCCACAGGGGCCGAUGCUCGGGCAUGCACUGCCCAGAGAACAGCCAGUUCCUGGGCCGCCUGGUAGCUCGUCCCAGUGCGAUGGUAUCCCCCUCCUCCUGGAAGGUGUUCAACAUGACGGAGAUGCUCCAUCACUGGCUGCAGCGGGAGCACCCCAGGCAGACGGAGGAGGAGGAUGAGGAUGAGGAUGAGGAUGAGGAUGAGAAGGGAGUCCAACAUCCUACGGCUGACCGAGUCAUGAUGGUGGUCUUCUCGAGGCAUCACUCCAACAGCCAGCUGAUACCAACGCUCAUCCGCACAGCAGAGCACUCCAAGUACGUCAGCCUGGACCGCGAGAGAGCGACGGCCGUCUCUGGUUCCAGGCCGAGGAGCCGCAGGUCCAAGAGGCACCCCCACACCCGGCAGCAGGGACAGCGGGUGGCUGGAGCUGCUCCUGCCAACAGGCCCGCAGAGGAGGAGAAGAAGGGUCCUCUCUGUAGGAAGGUGGACAUGUUGGUCGACUUUGCGAAGAUCGGCUGGAGCGAGUGGAUCGUCUAUCCCAAACAGUACAACGCCUAUCGCUGUGAAGGGAGCUGUCCUACACCGGUAGACGAGACCUUCACCCCAACCAACCACGCAUACAUGCAGAGCCUUCUGAAACUUCACCACCCAGACAAGGUGCCAUGUGUUUCCUGUGUGCCGACACGCCUGGGACCACUUUCCAUGUUGUACUUUGAGAACGGGAAGAUGGUCAUGAGGCAUCACGAGAACAUGGUGGUGGAGGAGUGCGGCUGCCACUGA